CAGAGUGUUGCGCGGGACUCCGUUGUCUAACAGAUUCCGUUUCGUGUCUUCCGCCCACUGCAGCGGAAUGGCAAUUGAUUCGGAACCGGAAUCAGUUAGACAGUGCUUAGUAGAUAGAUUCAUGUCCACCGGCAAUACAGAAUGUCUGCAUCUUUGGGCGUAUAAUACUCGACCAGUAGGAGCACACUGGUUGCUGCUUGCUAUCAACCCUAUAAGGGAAGUCGUGUAUUAUCUGAAUUCGGUAAAUGGUGAAUGGACCAAUUAUCCGGCCAUGAAGGACAUCGUUGAUUUAUCAAUACAAGUGUUCCGAAGUCAACGGGACGCACAGGUAUCCCGAACUAAAUCUAAAAUUCAUCAUGGAUAUUGGUGGAUUUCUAACAUCUGGUAUCAAGAGCUUCGGUUGAUCGGUUCAAGGGAAGAAGAAGAAGAAGAAAAUCACGAUGACGGUGAAUUAUGA